AUGCUAUGUCUCUUUUUUCUCUACUUACAUUAUGACAGGAUACAAGGGAUGAUAUUAAGCACCUCUUCCCUCUUCUAUGCUAUGUCUCUUUUUCUCUGCUUACAUUAUGACAGGAUACAGGGGAUGAUAUUAAUCACACACUCUUCCCUCUUCUAUGCUAUGUCUCUUUUCUCUGCUUACAUUAUGACAGGAUACAGGGAUGAUAUUAAAGCGACUCUUCCCUCUUCUAUGCAAUGUCUCUUUUUCUCUGUUUACAUUAUGACAGGAUACAGGGAUGAUAUUAAUCACACUCUUCCCUCUUCUGUCCGAUGUCUCUUUUCUCUCUUCUUGACAGGAUACAGGGAUGAUAUUGUCUCCUUUUUCUCUGUCUCUUUUCAUUAUGACAGACAGGAUGGAGGGAUGAUAUUACUCUUCCCUCUUCACUUGUCUCUUUUUCCUCUUCAGGGGAUGAUAUUAAGCACACUCUUCCUCUUCUAUGCUAUGUCUCUUUUUCUCUAA